AUGCUAUGGCACACUACCGGUGUUGAUAGUGCAGAUAGUGUUGAUAGUGUUGAUAGUGUUGAUAGUGUUGGUACUGUUGAUAGUGUUGAUAGUGCUGAUAGUGUUGAUAGUGCUGAUGGUGUUGAUAGUGCUGUUAGUGUUGGUAGUCUUGAUAGUGCUGAUGGUGUUGAUAGUGCUGAUGGUGUUGAUAGUGCUGAUGGUGUUGAUAGUGCUGAUGGUGUUGAUAGUGCUGAUAGUGUUGGUACUGUUGAUAGUGCUGAUAGUGUUGGUACUGUUGAUAGUGCUGAUGGUGUUGAUAGUGCUGAUAGUGUUGGUACUGUUGAUAGUGCUGAUAGUGCUGGUAGUGUUGAUAGUGCUGAUGGUAUUGAUAGUGUUGAUAGUGCUGAUGGUGUUAAUAGUGUUGAUAGAGCUGAUGGUGUUUAUAGUGCUGAUAGUGUUGAUAGUGCUGAUGGUGUUGAUAGUGCUGAUGGUGUUGAUAGUGCUGAUGGUAUUGAUAGUGCUGAUGGUGUUGAUAGUGCUGAUGGUGUUGAUAGUGCUGAUAGUGUUGGUACUGUUGAUAGUGCUGAUAGUGUUGGUACUGUUGAUAGUGCUGAUGGUGUUGAUAGUGCUGAUAGUGUUGGUACUGUUGAUAGUGCUGAUGGUUUUGAUAGUGUUGAUGGUGCUGAUGGUGUUGGUAGUGUUAGUAGUGCUGAUAGUGCUGAUAGUGUUGAUAGUGCUGAUAGUGUUGAUAGUGCUGAUAGUGUUGAUAGUGCUGAUGGCGUCAAUAGUGUUGAUUGA